AUGGCCUCCAAGACAUUCGCAAUCAUUGCCGGCGUCGGUCCCGGAACGGGCUCCUCCAUCGCCAGACGGUUUGCCAAAGCCUACUCUGUGGUUCUUCUGGCCCGGAACCCGGCCAGCUAUGAGACCGUCGUCAAGGAAAUCAACUCUGGUGGCGGCCAGGCCGUGGGCAUCAGCACCGACCUCGCCGAUUCGAACAGCGUCAAGUCCGCUUUUGACCAGAUCACAACCCAGUACUCAGGUUCUGCUCUUGCGGCGGCAAUAUUUAAUUCUGGCGGCGGGUUUGUGCGGAAGCAGUUCCUGGAGCUGACAGAGGAGGAUUAUUCGGGUGCUCUUGCUUCGCAGGCAAAGGGCGGCUUCAAUUUCGCCCAGGGGACUCUGCCACUCCUCCUCAAGGCAAGAGAUACAUCACCGCAUCCGCCAACCUUGAUCUUCACCGGCGCGACGGCCAGCAUGAAAGGGUCUGCGGAGUGCGCAGCCUUUGCCUCCACCAAGUUCGCAUUGCGCGCCCUGGCGCAGUCACUCGCCCGCGAGUUUGGACCGCAGGGCGUGCAUGUGUCUCACGCCAUCAUCGAUGGGGUUAUCGAAAUCCCGCGCACAAAAGGCUGGACAUUUGACCAUGAGGAUGCUAUGCUGAGUCCUGACGCUAUUGCGAACUCGUACUGGCAUCUGCAUACGCAGCCGCGGACGACCUUUGCGUUUGAGAUGGACCUGCGGCCGUAUGUGGAGAAGUGGUGA